CGACAUGCUAUCUCCUGCUAUAGUACAAGCGCGCACACAAUAGCAGCCGUCAUGCAUGGGCGCAUGGGCGCAUGGCUUCCUGCCAACACUCGAGGACACAACAGCAGGUGUCGAUGUGUGCGCACACCGCCACCGGUCAGCAGGCUCAACGUCCACAAGCGCCUCUUUCGGAAUGAUGAGAUGAGCAGUUGCGCUUCUUGGCCGUCUGAGUGAUGGAUUCGCAACACCGCAUACAUAUCAUGAGCGCCAGGUUUCGAUUAUGGCUGAGGCGGCUGCAGUACGGAAUUGUCGUAUUCCGCAAUUUCACGUCAGAUGGACACGCCACAAGUGCACACGCUCCAAAGCUGCAGCUCGGCAUUUAUCAGGAUUGUAGCAUAUAUAGAAGACAAUCUCGAGAUGCGUCUUGUCAGACUGAAAACCACCGAGCUGCUGUCGUGAUUCUUCGGUUGCUGUGGCCAUCACAAGCAAAUGAUAAGUGGAUUCGAAAAGUAAAGUGCGGCUGGGGAAGCUACUGUCGCAGGCGAGGGAUUGAUGGUCCUUCUGCAUGCAAAUGCCAUGCUUCAACAACGUGCUUCUCCCCUCUUUGGAACCCCGUGGCAACCCUGCACGACGGCUGCCCUGUGCUGCGCGGCCCUGGGCUGUCAUCGGCCAUCCUCCCUGGUGCGUACUGCUUCCACGUCCCUGAUCCCGGUCCACCAAAAUGACAUUCGUCGGGCGAGUGACGCUGUGCGCUUCCAGGCUUGCUGUCCUCGUAUACUUACCAUCGCUAUCUUUCACUGAUCAAUUCAAUAUUCGGCCCAAUUCGUCGCAACCGAGAUGACGAUACUCCUGGGGUUUUCACCACGACGCCGGAUUGAGCUUUCUCGACGCACGCGCGCCUCGGUCAUCUU